CGACAAUAAUUUAAUUUUAUUGUUGUUGGUGCCUCCUCGCGAUUGUUGUUAAACAUAAACAAGAAGAGAUGUUGGAAAAAAGCAACAACAAAAGAAACGAUUGGAAAGAUGUGUAUAUGCAUAAAAAAAGAAAGAAAGACAGAGAAAAAUGGAAGAGCAAGAAGCAUCGACUCUACCUAACGGUCACUGGCUGGACUUUUCUCUAUAAAAUGAGCUUCUUUCCUUAUGUUCACAUUCAGUUUGUGAUAAAAGGUGACCGAGCUAAGAACUAAUACGCGAAAAAUAAUCUCGGAUUCAUAAAUUAUUUAUUUUAUUUAUUUCAAGUGAUCUUCAAAGUUCUUCGCGUUAAAUCAAUUUAAUUUGGAUAAAAAUGAAAAUUAUCGGUGCAUUUUUGUGUUUGAUUGUUGUGGCUCAAGCUGGAAUCAUUAAAAGGGAGACAGCAGACGGUCUUGUAGGCCCGAUUGUUGAAGAAAUUCUUAAAGUUGAAAUUAAGGCUGACUUAAAGAAAAAUAAUGUAGUUCAAAUUGAUGAAAAGGAGCCUGUCAUUGUUGAAGUUGUGAAGAAAGAAGAAAUUAUUGUGCCACUUGAGGGUCGUACUGUCGAAGAAAUUGUCACAGUUGAUGAGAAAAAAGUUCCAGAGGUUGUUGAAACUAGUGUAGUAAAAGAAAUCAUUCCAGAGCCUACCGAAGAAUUACGUACAGUAGAAAAGGUUCCUGAAAUUAUUGAAACCGUAGUUAUCGAAGAAGUUCCAGAAAAGCCUGUCGAUAAUUUACGCAAAGAAGAAGUUCCUUCAGUUGAAGAGCCAGUCGCUGCAAUCAUCAAAGAAACAAUCGUAAUUGAGCCAGUUUCAGAACUUAGACAAGAUCCAGUUGCCAUCGUAAUCAAUGAAGAAAUCAUUAAGCCAAUGAUCAGAAACGUCGUCAAAGAAGAAAUUCCUCAAGUUGAAGAGUUACGCAAUGUCGCAGAAAAGAAGGAAGAGAUGGUUAUGACUAUGAGCGAAGUUGUACCAGAAAUGCCCAUGGAAGAAGUCAAGAGUGACGUUAUGCCUGAAAUGUUAAAAGAAGAGGAGAAAAAAGAAGUUGUACCUGAAAUGCCAAAAGAGGAAAUUAGAAGCGAGGAUAUGCCAGAAAUGAUUAAAGAAGAAAUCAAGAGUGAAGUAGUUCCUGAAAUGCCGAAAGAGGAAGUCAAAAGUGAAGUAAUGCCAGACCCAGUUAUGCCAGAAAUGAAGGUUGAAGAUGCACCUGAGCUUCCGAAAUCAGAACCAGUUGUUGAAGAAGUAAAAGAAGAAAUGAAGGUUGAAGCAGAGGUAAAAGAAGAAGUUAAAUCAGUUGAAGAUGAUCCAAAAAAAGUCGAUGAAGAAAUGAUGCCAGAAGGUAAACAAAACAUCAUUCAACAAGUACAACAACAGGUCACAAAUGCUUUAAGUAACGUACCAAUUGUUGGGCCAUUAUUGAACAGAAAUACACAACCACCAACUGAAGAAGCAGCCACAACAGUUGCAUCAGAUACCCCACAAGAAGCUAGUGCAGAUGCAACAACAGCACCAAAUCGACCAAUUUUAAAUGCAAUUCAAGGAUUAACAAAUCAAGUACAAUCAGCCCUUGGAAUCACUCCAGUACAAUCUGAUACUCCACAAGAUACACAACAGCCAGCAGGUCCAUUGGGUGCCAUCCAAGGUGCUAUCACAAACUUCCAAAACUCCCUUCAAACAGGCUUCCAAGGUGCAGUCACCUCAUUAACAAACGUAUUCAGACCACCAGGAUCAGCAAACACCCCAACAAAGACUGAAGACAAGCCAGCAGAAGAGACAACAGUUGUCGAAGAAGAACAAAAAUCAUCAGAUGAGCCCACUGUCGAUGUACAAAAAGAAGAGAAUAAAAUUGAGGACGAGGAGACGAAAGAGAAAAUUAGUCAAGAAUAAA